UUCGGAUUUAUGCAUUUAAUAUAAAUUAAGGUUAAAAGGCCAUUCUUCGUUUAUCCGUAAAUAUAUUUUAAUUUGUUUUAGAAAUGACGGAUAUAGAUAAAUGGAUAGAAGUUGCAAAGAGAUGCAAAUACCUCCCGGAAGAUGACCUACGGGAACUGUGCAAUAUAGUUUGUGAUUUGUUACUUGAAGAACCUAAUGUUCAGCCGGUACAGACACCUGUGACGGUUUGUGGUGAUAUUCAUGGACAGUUCUAUGAUUUAGAGGAGCUUUUUCACAUAGGUGGUCAAGUGCCAUAUACAAAAUACAUAUUUAUGGGAGAUUAUGUGGAUCGAGGAUAUUAUAGUUUAGAAACACUAACCUUGCUCAUGGCCUUGAAAGCUAGAUAUCCAGAUAGGAUAAUCUUAUUAAGGGGUAAUCAUGAAACAUGUCAAAUAACUAAGGUUUAUGGAUUUUAUGAUGAAUGUCUCAAUAAAUAUGGAAAUGCAAAUGCAUGGAAAGACUGUUGCAGAGUUUUUGAUUUGCUCACUGUUGCUGCAUUAAUUGAUGAAACCGUCCUAUGUGUGCACGGUGGUCUAUCACCAGAAAUAUCUAUGAUUGAUCAAAUAAGAUGCAUUGAUAGAAAUCAACAAAUUCCACACAAAGGUGCAUUCUGUGAUUUGUUGUGGUCAGAUCCUGCUGAUGUGAAAAUGUGGUCAGUAAGUCCUCGUGGAGCUGGAUGGUUGUUUGGCUGUCAGGUUACAGAACUCUUCAUGAAUUACAAUGAUUUAACUCUUAUAUGCAGGGCACAUCAAUUAGUGAAUGAUGGUUAUAAAUACAUGUUUGACAAAAGAUUAGUAACAGUCUGGUCGGCGCCUAACUACUGUUACCGAUGUGGUAAUGUUGCCUCAAUCUUGGAAUUCAACACUGUUCAUGAUAGAACAGCAAGGUUAUUCCAAGCAGUGCCUGACACCGAACGAGAAGUUCCUCCACAGCAUACUACUCCAUAUUUCCUUUGAGCUGAGAUUAUGUGAUCAAAGUAUUCCAUAAGUGUAAAGUUUUGUAUUAAUAAAUGUUGCAUCUAUUACAAUUUUUUUGUUUAUUGACCCACUUUUAUGUUCUUUAUUAUGAGAUCUGUUCUUUUUGACAUAUUACUAUAAUUUUUUUAAAUCUUCAUUAUUUAUACCUUCGUUUUUUAUAUUUAUAUAUUUAAUUUUA